AUGCACUUAUCUGCUUCUUCUUCUGUUUACUCAGGAAUAACCGUGUUUAUCAAUAUUUGGGCUCUUCACCACAACCCCUAUUUCUGGGAAGACCCUAAGGUCUUUAACCCCUUGAGAUUCUCCAGGGAAAAUUCUGACAAAAUACAUCCCUAUACCUUCAUACCCUUUUCAGCUGGAUCAAGGAGCUGCAUUGGGCAGCACUUUGCCAUGACUGAGUGUAAAGCGGCCGUGGCAUUGACUCUGCUCCGCUUCGAGCUGGCUCCAGAACACUCAAGGCCUCCCCAACUUGUUCGUCAAGUUGUCCUCAAGUCCAAGAAUGGAAUCCAUAUGUUUGUUUAAAAAGUUGGCUAAUUUUAAGUCCUUUCAUAUAAGAAUUAAUGAGGCAAUUUCCCUACCAGAAGAAUGAAAAGAUAAAUACAAUACAAAAUAUAUCCAUAUGGUUUUCUGACAAAUUAUAUAAUUAAGGAUACUUCUGAAUGGUUUUAACAUCCAUUAACAGUAAGUCUGAUUUUCUUGCUGAAUCAUUUAGACAGCCUUUUAUUGAAACCCACAAAAAUACCUGAAAAAACUCAAGCUGACUUCCACUGCAAAGGAAAAUUAUUGGCUUGUGGUAGGGUGGCUUUCAAGCCAUAGUUUGAGCAAGGCUCCACUUAAUAUCUGCAUUACUUUUACCUCUGCAAAUAUCUGCAUGAUAGCUUUAUUCCCAGUUAUUUUCCCUCAUAAUAAAAAGCAUCUGCCAC